AUGAGUUUUUUCAAUUUGGAUUAUUUUAAAUGCGAAGCAUUCGAAUUUAAUUUUCGCAUGUACACAUUCAGCGGAUUUUGGCCGUUAAAAACUAAAAAUCGGUUCGAACAAAUCCUAUUUUCAUUAUUUAGUUUUUUAUCGUAUUUUUCGUUAACAUCUCUUUUGAUUAACGUAGUCAUCGACGUGUAUUUCGUCAGACGCGACACGAUCAAAUUAACAAACGAUAUUUGUUUCAUAUCCAUCGGCGGAUCGACGAUAUUAAAAACAUUCAUUUUAUUUUAUAAAUUCGAUUUGGUUAAUGAAUUAAAAGAAAAUAUAAUAGAAUAUAAAAAUUCUAGAACGGAUGAGAUUGAAAAAAAUUUAUUGGAAAAAUCAAAUAAACAACUUUCCCUUAUAAUGAAAGUUUUGUACGUUUGUGCCGGAUUAUGCGUUAUUAUAAUGGUAUUACAUCCAUAUUUUGAUUCUACAAUUAAUGAUAAUAAAGUUAUUUUGCCGUAUAGACUCCCUGGGGAAGAAUGGUCCGAUGCCGUUUACGUCAGCGUUUACGUCUAUCAAUUUUUAGCCGUUAUAAGCGUCGUUAUUAACAUAUUAUCCCUUGAUGGCAUGUUUUGCGGUUUCGUACUCAGAAUAUUGGCACACUAUAAUAUAAUAAUAAAAAAUUUCAAAAGUCUCGAUGAUGAUUUUUUCAUGACGAAUUCUCAUCGAACGUCGUCGUUUCUCUUUGGAAAAGAAAAAUUAGAUAAUUACAAUGCCAAAGUUGAUGAAAUUUUAAAAGAAAAUAUUAAACUUCAUACGAGAAUACUCCAUGAAAUAAACAUAUUAAUUAACGUUUAUAAAAUACCGACCCUGUUUCACUUUUUGGAAUUUAUGGGAACGGUUGGAUCAGUUGUUAUGGAUUGUUUGAUCUUGAAAGAAGUUUCAUUCAUACAAAUAUUACAAAAAUUAUUUUAUUUGGCAAUUGCAACGGUGGAUUCGUUUCUUUUUUGUAUUUCGGCAAGCACGCUCGAAUCAAAAAGUUUUGAAGUCGGUAUUGCAUCCUAUAAUAUAAGAUGGCAUUUGGUAAAUCGUAAAAUAAGAAAAAAUCUCCUGAUAUUUAUUAUGAAAAGUUAUAGAGCACCUAAAAUAAGAGCGGCAAAUAUUUUUCUUGUUAAUUUGGAAGGUUUUGUCAAACUUUUGAAAGCAUCAUACGAUUUAGUAGCUUUUGCAUAUCAAACGGCGAGAAAACAUUAA